AGAAUGGAUAUUCGGGCUGACGGCUGUGGCUGCCGGGGCGCCUCCUCCCCGGGCCCUCUUGUAUAAAGGGGGCGCUGUGCCCGGUGGCAGCAGACACAACCGGAGGCAGCCCAGCUGCAGGCCAGGGCGAGAGAACUGGGUCCUUCAAGGGACAGCACCAUUGUACCGACUGAGCAUUCAGCACCAUGAAGAGCUGCUUACUGCUCCAAACGGCCCUCUGCCUGCUGCUGGGGGCUCUGGCAGGGGCCAUGCCUGUGCAGGAGGCAGACCCCUACGCGGAGCCUCCGGCCCUGCCCUACUGGCCCUUCUCCACCUCAGACUUCUGGAACUACGUGCAGCACUUCCAGGCGCUGGGCGCCUACACGCAGCUGGAGGAUAUGGCCCGCACCUUCUUCGCGCACUUCCCCCUGGGGACCACCCUGGGCUUCCACGUGCCCCCUGGGGAGGAGUGAGGGCGUGGGGCAGGGGAGGGCAGGGCUGUGGGAGCUUAAUAAACCCGACCCAGAGGGUGUGCCCAGCUGCUCUGCAACACCCGACUCCGCGGGAGCCCUCUGAUUGAUAAACCCCAAAGUGAGCACGAGCCUGGCUGAUCAAUAAACCCCGCCUAAGCACGUGCCCCGGCUGAUAGAUAAAUCCCAGCGCGCUGAUCAAUAAACCCCGCCUGAACGCGCGAGUCUGGCUGAUCGAUAAAGCCCAACCGAGCACGCGCCCGACUGAUCGAUAAACCCCGACCCAGCGCGAUGAUCGAUAAACCCUGCCUGAGCGCGCGCCCGGCUGAUCAAUAAACCCCAACGUGCGCGCAAGCCCGCUGAUCAAUAAACCCCGAGCGCGCGAGCCUGGCUUAUCGAUAAACCCCGACCCUGCACGCAAGCCCGGCUGAUCAAUAAACCCCGGUGCUGCGCGCGAGCCCGGCUGAUCAAUAAACUCCACCGGUGAGCGCGAGCUCGCUGAUGGAUAAACUCCGCCCGAGCGCGUCCCGCAUCUCUCACUCCCCUCGCGCGCACCCAGCGGACACCCAGCGGCUCCUGACGGCCAGAGGCGGCCGGGCAGGUCACUGGGCAGAUCACUGCAGGACACUGCGCAGGUCACUAGGUAGGUCACCGGGCAGGUCACUGGGCAGGUCACUGGACAGGUGACCCGGCAGGACGCCGGACAGGUGGCCGGGCUGUGGCUGGGCAGAUGGCCGGUCAGGACACCGGCAGGCCAGUGGGCAGGUCACAGGGGAGGUGGCCGUGCAGGCCCCGCCCCUCGCUCAGGCGGGGAAACCGAGGCAGCGGGUCGCGUUCUCGCGGGAGCUCAGGUCCUGUCCAGCAGCCGCGCCAGGCCCUACGCGCCCCGCCGAGUCCUCCCGGGUGCCUCGCCCCCGCGCUGACCGCGCAGUGACCGGCGCCGCUGGACCCCGGGCUCGC